UUACCGCCAUAUAAUAUAGUGGUACGAUCCGUUCCUACCUAGAUACUACUUACAAUUGAAGGACAAUUUUGAAACUUUUAUCCAGAUACCAAUAAAAUCUAAGACUAUCAGUAUCAUGGAAAAAACAAUAUACACUCCCAAACUGGUUACUCCCUAUAAAGGGUAUUUUGGGUUAGUUAGACCUCUAUAAGUGUACAAACCACUGUUAAUAGCCCAAUAAAAUCUGAGCAAACUAAUGGCAUGGAACCACACCUAUUGGAGAAAAUUCAGCGUCAGCGCUGUGUUGGAGUGUCCAACAAGUGCAGACAUUAACUACAGUCGUAUUUAAAUUGCGCUUAGCCAAGCAGCAAUGGAGUGCCAUACUAGCCUGGCCAGUAGCUGGCACUUUCUCUCUGGGCCGAAAGCGGGGUCAAGACGCUUUCGUGUCGGGCGGUUCUUCAGUCAUCGCUGGCAACUGAUCGCGCGAGCAAUGGAAAAUACGCCUCUUGAGUUUCCACACGAAAUCCGCGAUGUGGAGGAGUCCACCAAUGCGGAGCUAUUGGAUCACUUCCAUGGUGAGCGAACUGGCUUCGUUCAGGUGGGAUCGGAGGGAUAUUUCUUUCCCCACAAGUACAAGGACGAGGCCAAGGGGUACUACAACUUUGAGGCACGACCGGAUGACGUGUGGAUAGCCACGGUGCCCAGAUCGGGCACCACUUGGACGCAGGAGCUCAUUUGGCUGGUGGCCAAUGGGCUGGAUUUUGACCAGGCUCAGCAGCGACCACUUACCGAACGGUUUCCAUUCUUUGAAUUCCCACUCUUUGUGCAUCCCAAAAUUAAGGAAGAGCUGCAGGAGGAAAACCGAGACUCUGCCGAAGCUCUGGAGUUCAUUGAGAAGAUUUCUCGACCGGGUUACGAGGCUUUGAGUGAGAUGCCACGCUCGCAACGGCGGUUUAUCAAAACCCAUUUUCCCUUUUCUCUGAUGCCGCCCAGUGUUCUGGAAAAAAAGUGCAAGGUGAUCUACGUGGUCCGCGAUCCCAAGGAUGUGGCAGUUUCCUACUACCAUUUGAACAGGCUCUUCCGCACUCAAGGCUACGUCGGAGAUUUUGAGCGUUAUUGGCGCUAUUUCCAGAACGGAUUAAAUCCCUGGCUGCCCUACUACAGCCACGUUAAGGAGGCGCGGCAGCAUGCCCAUUUGUCCAAUGUGCUCUUCCUGCGCUACGAAGACAUGUUGGCGGAUCUGCCAGGCGCUAUCCAUAGCAUAUCCAAUUUCUUAGAGUGUCCACCGAAGCCGGAGGAUAUGGAUAGGCUACUCGAUCAUCUGAGCAUCAAGAGCUUUCGCGAGAACAAGUCCGUAAACAUGCACGAAAUGGCUUCCGUGGGUGUCCUAAACAAAGGAGAGGCAGGAUUCGUGCGCAGCGGUGCCAAGACAGCGUGUCAGCCGCAGCAGGAGUUUGUCGAGAAUCCAAAGCUUUUGAAGAGCGCCAACGAGUGGGUGGAACAGAAUAUUAAAUCAUUCAAGACCAUAUAAAAUACCUGA